AUGGGGUUGCAGGAGUUAUGUAGGCUACCGAAGCGGAAAAGGACUAGAAUAACGAUCUGUGCCUAUGAUGCCCGAACGCUUGCAUCGGACACGGCCAUUGAAGACCUGAUGAUGCAAGCCAAGAAGAUCAAUAGAGGAGUUGGUGGAGUAGGUGUCCUUGUCAACAUGAAUAUGGCACUAAACAUCGACUGUUUCGGGCAACAUACAAUCCGAAUCGGACGUUUACGGAUGAGAAGAUGUGGUUCAACACCAGCUUUGACAAUCAGUGUCGUGUACGCUCCAACAUCAAGCGACGAAGAAGAAGUUGAAGCCUUCUAUACGGACCUAGAGAAGUUCUACCGAGAAGCCAUGUCAUGCCUUCUACAAGGUCAUAAUUGGCGAUUUUAA